AUGGCAGAACCUAGCGCAGCAACACAAGUUGGUGGUACGACGCCCAUGUGGCAAGCAUGGUUAGAGAAGUGGUUACAGCAGAAUGGGGCCACUGUUACGAAUGGUGGGGCCGAUGGGAAGAGCAUUACUGAACAAUUAUGGAAGGGAGAAUUGGAGGACACAUUUGAGGAGUUACAGGUCAGGUUAGGGAAGGAGGGGAAGAACGGUAAAAGUAUAGGUCAGGGGGGGGGAGAAGUGGCCAAGUUCUGUGGUGACGUCACGGAGGAGGUGGAGGGGGAUGAUGAGCAUGAUAUGAAGAAAUUAUGUAAAGGAAUUUCCGAAAUAAUCUACUUCAUGAAUGGGAUUCAACCCGCUGACAACCGUUAUAGCAAAGUUAUAGGGGCCGGUACCCCUAAAGCCCUUUCUCCUGCUUCACAGUAUGCUCGAUGUAUAGUCAGUAUGGUUACUUUAUUUGAAACCUAUCCACCACACUGUCGUUUUCAUUAUAUUAUGAAUUAUACAGCGGACAAAAUACAGGCGGAGGCAAAGGGAAAGUACGGGAGGGCAGGGGGAACAUUUGAUAAAUGCAAAAAUAUUACCGCAGGCGACUUAAUUAUUGGUAGAACAGUUCUUAAGGAUAAAAUUAAACAGUGGGUUAAGGAAGAUUGGAGUAAGGCAGCAACAAAUUCCAAGGGGGGGGGUGCACUGGACAGAGUAGGACAAGUACUACAAGUGAGUACAGCAUACUGCCCGUCGGGUACACAUGGGAAGACUAAGGAAGAUCUGAAGAAGACCUUGAGUGUCAGGGAAAAAGGAACUAUCACCAGGCUGCUCGGAAUGGACAGCAGUAAGAAGGAUGUGCUGGAAGUACUUAUGGCUGAUGACAGCGAACACAAAUUACCAGAGAGCACAUUGCAAACUGCACUGACAUCAGCAAUACAGAAUGGCAGCUCAUUGAACACGGAUGCCAUAAAUAAUCUUACUCAAAUGGUAAACGAUAGAGCCCAAAUCGUAGAAGCUGAAAUGUGCAUCAAAGACAACAUAGACAAGGACAAUAACGGAAAUGGCAAAUUGUGCAAUCGCCUAAGUUGCAUAAGCAACUAUGUGAAUACAACAGGAACGACAGUACCAGGGAAGACGUCUACGUCAACUGCCGAUGCACUAUGGAAGGAUGUCCAAACUCAAGUCACCGACCUUGUCACAACUAUAUCUGCCAAUGGGGGGAAAAACGACGAGACGGACGGUCUGUGUAAAGACAUUACAUGCCCCAAUGCUGGUGAAACGGAUUGUGUGAGCAAAACAACAUGCAAAAUUAUGGUUAAAGCAUUAAAGGAAGUACAUAAAAAUGUGGGAGGGGACCAAGAGCAUAACAGAAUAUUUCGUCCUACUAUGCGUUGUGUAAUAUUGAAUGCAUUAGGAGAGAAAUUAAAACAAUAUGCGAGGGAGCGUGGUUAUGCUUGUUCUGUAGAUAAAGGUAUAAAGAAGGCCUUUGAGUUUGGGGAGAGUAAACGUAAGGAAUGGUGUACGCAGAAUGGUAAGACGGAUGUGCGUUACUGUGAAGAAUGUAAGGAACAGGAGUGUUUCAGUACUAACGUGGGGGGAAUGAAGCCCAGGGCUGUAGUGUUUGGUAUGUUAAACAAUGACCCCAACAUCACCAAAGUGAAAUCCACAUUAGAAGGAUUACAUAAGAAAGCCACUUUAUGUGAUCGUCUACACUGUGCUAUAGACCACUGGAAGACAACAAAAACAGCAACAGGAACAACAACAACAGCAGCAGCAACAGAAAAAGGAACAACAGCAGGCAACGACGAAGAAUUUUGGAAAGAGAAUGGCCCCAUGAGGACAUUGUGGGAUGAAUUAGCAGGGGAAAUGAACACAAAAGGCCUAACAGGGAACGGACCUGAUUGUGAUAAAUUGCCAACUAAUUCUGAGAAGGCGGCAUGCAAAUAUUUGCAUGCAGGCUUACAUAAACUGUACAAUCCGGAUACUUCGACAACAGGGAACAAUGGUAUCCUGUCUGGACACCCAUCGUUGAGACGAACGUUGGGUUGUUUACUUCUUAAGAAAUAUGCAGAAAAAAUGAAAGUAACAUCAAAAUGUGUCAUUGAUUCUGGUAUAGAGAAGGCAUUUAAGGCAUGGAAUGAUAAUAAUUAUGCUACUUGCAAUGGUGGUGCCAGUGGCAAGGAACCUUGUGUUCCUUGCCAAUGGAAAGAGAAAGACUAUGAAGAUUGCAAAAUUAACACAAAUGGCAGCCCAACGCCAGUAAAGGACAAAUUAACAGAAGUUCAGCCCCAAAUUAGCACCACCGCAACUAGCACCCUACUGAAAAUAAAUGAAAUGUCCACUUUAUGCGAAUACAUUAGAUGCGCCGGACCCAAAUGGUUCAAAAACAGGGCAACACCGAACGGUAAUAGUGGUGGUACUCCUACUCCCACGAAGAAUUGGUGUGACUUUUGGGGGGAUGAAGGCGUCAAAACCCCCCUGGAAGAGUUGUUCAAACACAUCGCUUCCGAAGGAGCGAAGAAAGAAAAUAACUCUAAUACAGCAAUCUGCCGAAGCUUUGGUGAUGGUAAUCCACAAAGUGUCGAAAGAAAGGCUUGUAAUCAUAUCACAGCAGGGUUAGAACACAUUAAAAAAAUUACAAGUAGUACUACCACUAAGGCCGGUCAUCAGGAUGAUGAUAAGUUUUUUAAACAAUCUAUGAUGUGCGCAGCACUUAACCUUUACGCUGAUAAAAUAAAAGAACAAACGGAUAAAAGUUGUCCCAUUGAUGAGAAAAGAAUAGAAAAAAUGUUUAAUGAUUGGAAUAAUGAAAAUAAAAAGAAUUCUUCGUUUUUGUCUUCGUGUUCGAAAGAAGUUUAUGGUUGUUUUCUUUGCUCAAGGCAAAACUCAGAAUUUAAUAAUUGCAAACUAAGUGUUGCCAACACUUUGAUUAAUAAAACAUCAACAUCACAAAAUGAAACUUGCAAUAAAGACUCAACUGAAGUGACGACUCAAAUUGACGGUCUCCUCAACAACGAAGACAAAUCAAGCACCAACUCCAUUAACACCACCAUGAAACAAACAUUAGACAAAAUCACUGACAUGAAAUCUUCUUUCUGUACUCAAGUCCAAUGUGCAAUCAAAAAAUACGGAAAAAAUAAUAAAAAUAUAGGCCCCAAUGGAACAGUGACUUGGGAUGCCUUGAGCAAUGAUAUCGGAAGGGAAUUAACGGAACUUUUAAAUAAUAUGAACGACGCUACAAAGCAGUCGGACGCUGCCAAAUAUUGCAAUGACGACAAACCCCCAUGGAAUACUAAGGGCCAUACAGAAAGGCGAACGAAUAGAGCAGCUUGUUUACAUUUUGCUGCAGGACUUCAGCACAUUUAUACCCACGGUAAUGGCUACCAGACGGGCCAGUUUAAGGGCCCAUCAUUUGAACAAACGAUGGGUUGUUUAUUUCUUAAGGAAUAUGCAAAGCAAUUGCAAACAAUGGCAAAGGAGAAGAAAAAAGGAUAUAGUUGGGUACAUCCUCUUUGUAGCAUAAAGGAGGGCAUAGAUCAUGCUUUUAGCAAAAGUGAAAAAAUUAUGGAUGACACAUCUCCAUGCAAGAAUAAUGGUAAUAAUUCUUGUUUUGAAUGCAAAUGGAAUGAUAACGAUUAUGAUAAUUGCAAAAUUGGCCAAGACAAAGUAGGAAAUAAAGUUAAUGAAAUUUUCACAGAAUCGACGAAACAAACCCAAAUAGAAAAAACUUUAGAGAAUACAGUCUGUCCCAUCCUUCUUACGGAUCUCCUUACCCCUUUUCUUCCUUUGGCUCCCGUCUCUAUUGGCCUUUCUGCUAUGGCUUAUUACCUUUGGAAAUAUUUUGGUCCUCUUGGUAAAGGAGGAGCACGUUUCAGAAGAUCUCCUACUGAAAUUCCUGGUCCAUCAGUACAGGAACAAGUCCUCGAUCAUGUGGAAGAAGCUGGUCCACAUGAAUAUCGAUUGGUGAAGGAACGAAAACCCCGUUCUGUUCCAACAAGAACAAAACGUUCUGGUCCCGUUAAUCGCCGCACGAUUAUUGAAAUUCAUUUUGAAGUGUUGGACGAAUGUCAAAAAGGCGACACACAAUUGAACCAGAAGGAUUUUCUGGAACUUUUGGUUCAAGAGUUCAUGGGAUCGGAAUUUAUGGAAGAAGAAGAACAGGUUCCUAAGGAAGAGCUUUUUAUGGAAGGGGUUUCUAUGGAAAGUGUUCCUAUGGAAAGUGUUCCAAGUUUAGGUUCCGGGUUACUGGUUUAA